AUGGAACUUGUCUCCCAAUUUACAGAGGACGCUGUUGCCCAAGAAGACUGUAACUGCGAUAGACUGGCUUGCCGUUGGUGCAUAGUCAAGAAUGACCCAUGUCAUUAUGUCGCUAACAUGAUUCCCAGCCAGCCAGGUCGCUUCGUGUGUGAAACAUGUUACAUAGGAUAUCAGCAGAAGAUUUCAUCAUCAGUCCGACCUUCAGGUCAGUGUGCACCACUCAUUCAAGCUACCCAGAGCAUGCAGAGGCCUGCUACAAUAAAUCCACCCCAUGUGGUUCCAUUCUCUCAAUUGUCAGGCAGUAGCAUCAGUCAGACUAGCACACCAGGACCAGAUAUUCUGGUGCCAUCAUCCUGGCAACAUUCACAGAGCUUAGGCCAGCACAGGGUUGCUGGCGCUGCAGGAUAUUCUCUCCACCAUGCACAAUAUAGUUCAGAGUGUGAACAGUGGGCAAAGCUUUCAUACGCUCCACCUCUGGUGGAAACUAUCACCUUGGAGAUUUCAGCAGUCCGUGAGGGGAACUCACAGAGGAAAGCUGGGCACAGCAUAAACAUUGCUAACAUCUGUGAAGGCAAGAAGGAUGUUGAUGCCUGGAUUGACGCACCUGGACUCAUCGCUCUUGCAUUCGACAUGGUCACUCCCAAACUCUUUGUUUUUGGAAAUGGGUUUCCAUGGCGCACCAACGAGUUCACUGUCCAGGAUGCCGCUUGGGUCGAUCUCUCCACCCACCAGCCCAAUGUCCCUUAUUUUUUCUCCCAAUGUUUAGUCCCUUCUCGACAUGGGCAAAAAGCGCCAACAUUUAAAUCCAAGCAGUUUGCAUUAGCCAUUAUUAUACCAGCGGUGCAGAACACUAUUGAUGACUUUGAGGAUGGGAAUGAGCCAGAAGGUGUGAACUCAAAUGACUGGGAAGGUACCAGCAAUACGGAGUCUGGGAGUUCCAAAGACUUGGACUCAGCACAGGAUCAUUGGGCACCUUCUCUCUCAGCAAAGCGGAUGGACUCAGCACAGGAUCGUCAGGCACCUUCUCUCUCAGCCAAGCGGACACAUGUCCGAGCAGAGAGUGAUUCUCGCUUAAGCACUGUAUCGCCUCCUCGCAAGAAGGCUGCAGCCACACCAUUAUUUGCAGUGUUUACACUUGUUUACAUAGACUCGCCCAUAGGCUUGGAUGCACUGUGCCUCCCUGGCCGUGACUCUAUGAGAGAGGCAUUGAAGUAUGGAGGCAGUGCGAAUCUAGACGUAACCAGUAAAGUCUUCGACUGGCACCACGAAGAUAUUGAAUAUUAUCCAAUUCCAACCUGUUCGCUCACUGAAAUCCUGAAGACACCGCAAUACCACACAUUUGAACUCAACAUUUCAGACUCGCAUAUCAGCCAACUCACGAUUGAUGUUCCCCUCCACAGUAUGAUAGGGAUUGGCGCUUUCAAAAUGGCUCAUCCUGGAUGGCUUACUCUAUCCCCCAUUGUUUCUAGUGGUCUUGGAUCGCGUUCUCAGUAUGUGGACAAGCUGAAACAUGUCCUGAAAGAAAGCAUUGUCAUGUACUGGGCAAAGUUGCUGCUCAACUACACUUAUGAUUACAUUGACCACCAUAUCAGCACUUCACCAACACCUCUGCCCUUUGAGAUUCCUCGUCGCAGUGCCAGCUCAAAACCAGGAGAAAAAUCAAACACAAAGGCAGGAACAGUUUCGGCUGUUUAUCUUCUUGAAGAGCACAUCUUGUUUGAUGACAACCAGGAGUUUACCAAAUUCAUUCACAACAUGGAUUACAUGCCUUCUCUCGACGAGGAUCAAUAUGGCUAUGAUUUAGCCGUUUUCCUUGCAUUUACACAGCACAUUCAAUACAUGCAGACUGAAGGUUUGGCAUUUGUGUCCGAUUAUCAAGGUCCGUAA